UAUAGUCACAAUUCUUCAUCUUCGUCUUCAUCUCGAUCGACGGCUGACAACAGAGCGCCACCAGCAACAAUCCAAGAACCAUACCGGUCGUUAUGUAUCAGUAACCUCAAUCCCAAGAUUUCGGAAUCCAUUUUGGUUGAAAGAUUAUACUGCGAAUUCGAACGUUUUGGUGUCUUCAACAUCCGGCUCUCCUACGUCGGCGACCAAAUGGUGGCUUACGUGAAUUUUCGUUAUCCUGAAGAUGCACGGGCUGCCAGACACGACAAGUCCAAUAAUUUGGUCCUUUUUGACCGACCUAUACGUGUGGAGCCUGUUUUAAACAAUCGCCGUAGAAGCAACAGUCCGUCUACCACAGACUACAUCUCAAGACCAGGAGCUGCAGCCAUUCUCGCUGUUUCUGACAGAUUCGCCAACCGAAGUAUUUCACCCGGACUGCCUUUGGUUGCCGGGCGAAGAGCUGGUCGCAACGUGAAUCCUAUCCGAGAUCUACCCAGAGAAAGGGAAUACCUUUAUACAGACUCGAGGCAUGGAAACAUCGAAAAGAACCCGGUCAACCAGCGGCAUCCUUCUCCAGAGACUGAAGAGAAAGCUACUCGGACUUUAUUUGUUGGCAAUCUCGAUCACAGUGUUUCGGAAACGGAAUUACGGAGACACUUCGAACGCUUCGGAGUUGUUGAAGAUAUUGACAUUAAAAGGCAGCAGAGAGGACAGGGAAAUCCUUAUGCAUUCGUUAAAUUCAUAAAUUUGGAUUGUGCACAUAGAGCCAAGAUUGAAAUGUCAGGUAAGCACAUAGGUAAGUUUCAAUGCAGGAUUGGUUAUGGUAAAGUGACCCCGACUACAUGUUUGUGGGUCGGAGGCCUCGGCCCUUGGAUCACUUAUUCAACUUUAUAUCGCGAAUUUGAUCGUUUUGGAGCUAUCAAAAGUAUUGUAUGGCCACACAGCAAACCACAUGCUUAUGUUUUAUAUGACAGUAAAGAUGCUGCCCAGGCGGCAUUUCAAGAAAUGAGGCGGAACCCUUUCGGGGAGAAAGACUUCUCGUUAAGGGUUGACUUUUCUGAUUCUAAUCAUAUUCCUUUCCCGUCAACGUCUGUUGAUGGUAAAUCCGACAAUACGGAUCAUAUAAGAGACUUUACUAAUGCUUCCUAUGGAUGCGGCGAUCAAAGACGGACUGACGGCUUUGUUGAUUCACAUGUAUCGGACAAAACUCGGCCUCGUGAUCCGUGGCACCCGAUCGAAGCCGAUCCCAUUAAUGUGUUUAGAAAUCCUGACAACCCGCGCGAUUUCGAACACAGAGGUAGCAAUCGAAUCGAAGUGAUGGAGCGAGCCGUCAGUCUUCAUGGUGACCGACGUAAAAGAGGACGUUCUCCACCUGAUGAAUUUCUUCUUAAUGAAAAACGAUAUAGGUCUCUCAGUCAAGAACGACCGGAUAUUUACCGUGCUGCCAGAGAAAAUGAAUUCCGCGAGCAAAACAAACCAGACAUUAAAUUACCCCAGGAACUAACAUCGGACAGAAAUUCAGAGGUGAACAAAAAAGCUCGCCCUCCCACGGAGAAAGAACUCAGCGUGGCGGAGCAUGUGAACAAUUUGGUAGAUUUAGCAAAGUGCUUACCUGUUGCUUGGAACGGUGCUCUUAUAUUAAAAAACAGUGCAUUUCUCGCCCGUAUGCAUGUUGUUAGUGGUGAUGUAACUAUAGUCGAUACCUUAAUGAGAGAUACCACCACAACAGAAACAUCAGUACUUCGUAUCACUCAGAGACUGAGGCUUGAC